GUUGUGAUUAAUCAAGGUGAGUUUGGAAAACAGGAAGAAAUAUUCAUUGAUGGAAAUGGGGAACAGUGGCAGCAGUACUAGUUACUAGUUCUUGUGACCUCUCUCUCACCCUCCUCCAAUAUUCUCUACCACUCUUCAUUCAUUAUUACAUUCUUCUCUCUGCCUCUCUCUGCCUCUCUCUCUCUAGCACUCUCAGAGGAAAGAUGGGGAGGGGAAGAGUGGAGCUCAAGAGGAUCGAGAACAAGAUCAACAGGCAAGUCACCUUCUCCAAGCGCCGCAACGGCUUGCUCAAGAAGGCAUACGAGCUCUCCGUCCUCUGCGACGCCGAGGUCGCACUCAUCGUCUUCUCCAGCCGCGGCAAGCUCUACGAGUUCGGCAGCGUUGGAACAAGUAAAACGUUAGAGCGGUACCAACAUUGUUGCUACACAUCUCAAAACCCUAAUGUUGCUAACCGGGAAGCGCAAGCACAGAAUUGGUACCAAGAAAUGUCAAAGUUGAAGGCAAAGUUUGAAUCCCUACAACGCUCACAAAGACAUUUGCUUGGUGAAGACCUGGGUCCAUUGAGUGUGAAGGAACUGCAACAAUUAGAAAGACAACUUGAGUCUGCACUCUCACAGGCCAAGCAAAGAAAGACUCAGCUGAUGCUGGACCAGAUGGAAGAACUUCGUAAGAAAGAGCGUCGUCUUGGAGAAAUCAACAAGCAGUUGAAAGAGCAGCUUGAGGCAGAAGGUGCCACCUACAGGGCUUUUCAGGGACCCUCCUGGGCUGCUACUUCUGAUGGAGCAACAGUGGAUGGCAAUUCCUUCUCACUUCACCCACUGCAAUCUCAUCCCAAUAUGGACUGCGAGCCUACACUGCAUAUAGGAUAUCACCAGUUCGUUCCUCCUGAAUCUGCCAUGGUGAGGAAUCAAGUUGAGGAGGAGAGGUUCAUGCUGGGCUGCUGGGUUCCUUAAUGGCUCUACCUAUUUAAGAAGUCUGCAUGCAAUAAUUAAUGUAUCCAAGUAUGCACUGCGCAGUAUAUAUGCAUAACUAUAUAUAUAUACUCCUAUCUCAAAAUUCUGCUACCUUCCUUAAAUUAAUGUGUGAUGGCUAAACAUAUUUAUCGUGGUGAUGCCUUAAGUUGUGGGGUAACCUGUGUGGUUUUGUUUGCAAUUUUUUUUUCAUAAUUGUAGCAGUUUAAUUGGAUGCCUGGGUUGUGGUUUGUGUGCAUAAUUUGCAGUGGCAAUACAUAAUUCCAGUAUAUGAUAUCGUGUGCUUUUAUACUCUUGUUUAAUCUAUUUAAUUAUAUCUGCCUGUAU